AUGAAUCAUCGGCUGAUCGGUGUUUUCAAAAAGCCGAGAUCAGGGAAAUCGGUAGUCGGGCGGCUCUUUGUGGAUAUAUGCAUGGGACAUAUUGAUCGGCAGUCGCUCUUUUCGCGACACGAGUUAUCGCACCUGACUCAAAUACUACUCUUCAAGUGGAGUCAUAUUUGGCAAGGCAGUAGGUUAUAUCUGCCGAUCACUGCACAAACAGAUAAACUACGAUUAGUACCUGCAUGGUUGUACGACGUAACAAUGUCACGCAACGCCAACGUUUCUUACCUUAUGACCCGAUUUUUCAACAAACUUUGA